CCAUCGCUAUUGUUGGGCUCUGUGUGUGCUUUAAAAGCAACUGUCGCGUGGCUCGAGGCUUCAACUCUUUUUUUCCACCGUGACAGGACUAGCGGUAGGCGCGCAUCGAACAAGCGUACAACUCACAGAGACGAACAGCCGCUCUCAGAAAUCGAGACUGCGCACAAAUCUUCGUUAUUCCUUCUGCUUUAAGGUCACGUCAUCAACAAAUAUCGAAAUGCGCGCGAUCCUUAAGCUUAUCGCCUGUGUGGUGAUGCUACACUGCGUAUUAUCAGUGCCUGUUGAUACCAAAAAAGAGGACAAAUCACUUAUCACCGGAAGGGCCUCAAUGCUUGGCAGGUUCGAACCGAUUGUAAACUCUGUCGUAGUUCCAUUUCUUGUAGCAACCGGCGUUGUGUCACUCGUGCGAAUGGUUCCCGGCGUCGUUUCAUCUCUGCCUGGAAUGUUGGGCUUCGCCAAAAGGACUGGGUACGAGGGUGUUGCAGGUCUUGGAGGAGAGCAGGUGCCGAAGGAGUUUUAUGACAUAAUGACAAUGUUGGAUAAUGCUGCCAUUCGCUAUGGACAACCCGUGUCAGCUGAUCCCACGGCUGCCGCUUCUCACCGUCAGCCUGUGACUUCUGUUUCGCAAGCCUACCCCUAUCAGGCGUAUCAGGCAUACUUGGCCCAACAAGCUCAGACACAAGCAAACCAAGCUGCGCAGGCACAGGCGACUGCUGCACAAGCGCAGGCCGCUGCUGCCCAGGUUGCACAAGCAUCACAGGUCCAGAAGGCUCAAGCGACAGCGCGCCAACACCAGGGUUGAAAAUAGAACCACAACAACAUCAACGACAAUUAUGGAACUAGCCCCCCACCCCCAC